GGAGAUGGUGUUUCUGGAUUAAUCGUGAGCAAAAGAAUUAUUUGUAGCCGAAACCCUUCUGAACCGCCUGACUGACUUGAAAACAAAAGUACCUAUUGGCGGAUUAGUCUUUAUCGUGCUUUUCUUUUUCCUUGAUCUGCCAUCACCCGAUACAUCGGUGUGGGCUGGCCUGAAGGCCAUCGACUGGACUGGCAGCGCUUUGUGCAUGGGAGGUUCUCUCAUGGUCCUUCUCUCCCUCGACUUCGGAGAUGUAACCUACCCCUGGUCCUCUGCCACCGUCAUCUGCCUCCUUGUCGUUGGCCUCGUAGCCAUCGGCAUCUUCCUCGUCAACGAGUGGAAGUUCGCCGCCAACCCCGUGCUCCCCCUGCGGCUGCUCUCGACCUGGUCCAAGGCAGCCGCCUAUAGCGUCUUUGCCUUCAACUCAUUCGUCUUCAUCGGAAUCACGUACUACUUGCCUUUGUACUCGCAGUCUGUUCUUGGCGCAAAUGCUCUCACCUCAGGCCUGUACAUGCUCCCCCUGAUCGUCUCUUGCUCGCUGUCGGCGGCCUGCGCCGGCGUCUUUAUACAGCGGACGGGCCGAUACCGGGUGCUCAUGUAUGCUGCGCAGGUGCUACUGACGCUUGGAACGGGGCUCUUUGUCAACCUCGAGUUCGAGACAAGCCUGACGAAGCUCUUUGUGUUCCAGAUACUGACUGGCGUUGGUGUCGGUCUGAACAUAGAAGCGCCCGUCCUGGCGGCCCAGGCCGCUACCACAGUGCGUGACACAGCUGCCGUCGUGGCCACCAUGGGCUUUCUGAGGUCAAUACUGACGGCUGCCUCUGUUGUUGUCGGUGGAGUGGUCUUCCAAAAUCAGAUGAAGGCCGAAAAUCCUGGCUUGGUUGCCGAGAUUGGCCAUGAGUUGGCCAGCCAGUUCGACGGGGGAAACGCAUCGGCGCACGUCGAGGACAUCGGUCUCCUUACGGAAGAGCAGCAACUGCCCGUGCGGGAGGCUUACUAUAGAGCUCUGAGAACCGUUUGGAUCAUGUACGUCGCGUUUGCCGGCUUGGCGUCGGUGCUGAACCUUUUCGUCUCGGAACACCAUUUAAGCAGUGAUAGGAAGGCCGCCGUCCUGGGCAUCGACCGGAAGGAGGCGGACUCACCGCCGCAGCCUUUGGUUGGAGGGGAGGAAAUUCCGCUUGAGUCGUCAGGCAGAGAGGAUACGCAGCAGAACAAGCUGCGGAACAGGGGCGCGGCGUGAGAGAUGUGAGAAUAUUCAACAUCCGUGAUGCAAAUCUUCUAGCUAGGACAUCAUGAGCUUAUUUUAUCUAAUGAUGGGACUGAAAAUAGCUCCUGUUGUCUACGGCAACUACCGUAUCCACUCGUUAGAUUCGUA